CCCGGAGCAUGCUGGGACUUGGCAUGGAAAUACAAGCUGAUCUGCCAUGGAAGCUGCUCUGAGGCUGCCGUGCCACCGCUGUGCCCACAGCUCUGCCCCGUGAAGUGGCCUGAACUUUACAAAGUUAUUACUCUGCCCCCUCCCCCGUGGUGGGUGGUGGGGCGGAGGCGGCCGUCUCAGUCACCGCUUCAGAAUUACACGCUGUGUGACCCCGGUGCGCUGUGAGGAUGUCGCUACACGGGACCUUGAUGGAGUCGCUGCUCACAUGGGUGAACAGCUUGAAGGUGGACGAGCCCAUCGUGCAGCUCUCCCAGAUGCAGGAUCUGAACAUCUUCAUCAAAAUCGUCACAAAGCUGAACGGAAACGUGGAUGACGCAGCCCGGAUCCUGGAGCAGCCUCUGGAGGACAGACUGAAGUUCUUACAGAGGCACUGCAGAUGUGGCUCUAGAGCUGAGGAUUUGGUGCAGUGGCAGAAGAUUUUACUUGGGGAGAACAGUGAGCUGGAGAUAUGUAAGGUCAUCGUCCUGCUCUUCUACGUCUCCAACAUGAAGUGUAAGAACUCUCAGGAGUGGGAGACCUUCGAUCAUAAGACGCAGACCGAGCUCGCCUCCAUCCUCAGGUUCGUUCUGGAUAAUGAGGACGACCCGUCGUUGGAUGAUAGGCUGAUCAGCUUCCUGCAGAGGAAAGCAGCCCGGGUCAUCUCCUCCAGUGACAGCGCCUCCAGCUCUGAUGAGACCAUGUCUCCAAAUUUGCCAGCUAGGAAGACACAGGUGCGGUUUCUGGAGCUGCAUCGCAUUGCCUCAUCUUCCACCUUGAAGAGUUUGCCGUUGGACUCUCCCUCCUCUCCGAUUAGCGAGGUGCUGCACAUGCCACAGUUCCAGAUACGGAGGCUCCGGAAGCAGCUGAUUGAGGGACGAGACUUGAGGGAUGAGCUGGAACUGGAGCUGUCGGAGACUAAGAAGCGCAUGGCGGAAAAGGAGGCGCAGAUUUUCCUCAUGCAGCAGCGCAUCGAGCGUCUGGUGGUGCUGAGUGAAAAGCAGGCCGACCAGCAGGAGCCCCAAGAGAUGAAGGAGCUGCGGGAGAAGAACGAGAGCCUCAUGAUCCGCCUCCGGGACGCCCUCAAGCAGUGUCAAGAUAUGAAGACGGACAGGAACCAGCUGGAGCGGAAGAACGACCAGCUCUCUGAUGAGAACGGAGACCUCUCGUACAAGGUACGAGACUUGUCCAGUCGUCUGGCACAGCUGCAGGACGCUCUCAAUGAGACCUCCGAAGAGCACGAAGCCUCGGUGGCCGCAUGGCAGAAGCAGCAGAGUCAGCUGGAGAACGAGCUCAACGCGGCCAUAACCGAAAAGAAAAGUCUGGAGGAACGCAACCAGAUUCUGCAGGAGAAAAUCUCUAUGUUAGAAGACCAGCUAAAGAUGCUGAGAGACAGUGAAUCUCAUGAUAAAGGGGAGCGAUUAGGCGAUGUCCUCAAGCUGGAGCAUUUGCAGCAAGAGGUGGUUGCUUUAAACGCUAAAUCAUCGGAGCUUCAAGCUCGGAUCACACACGUGGAGGAAGAGAAGAUGGCAGCCAAAGCGGACUUGGAGUCGCAGAGAUCGCGUUUCGAAACUGAAAAGUUGCAGCUCCAAGACAUUGUAACCAACCUGCAGACAUCCUUAUCGGAGAUCACCUUCCAGAAGGAGAAGCAGGACCAGGACGCCAGGCUUCAAGAGGAAAAGCUUACAUGUCAGAUCACCACUCUAAAGCUGGAGAUAUCGAAGCUGAAGACCUCUCUGGUGCAGAAGGAUCAGGAACUUUCUGGUCUCCACAAGGAAGUGGAAGAGGAGAGGAGACGUAGAGGGCAGGUGGAGAUUGUCCUGCAGAAGCAAGAAGAGUCUUCUAAGAAGAGCAUAGCUGAACUGAACCAUCAAGUUGACCAUCUUGGAAGCACACUAAGGCAGACUGAAGCCAAGUUGCUGGAGUUAAAUGAACAACUUGGACUAAACACCCAACAGGUGCUCAGUUUACAGCAGGAACGUGAUAAAUUUGUGGGCGAGAGAGACUCUGCCAUUACCAUGUUCAAUGAGUAUAAGAAUACCAAGGAGGAAGAAGUGAACGCCUUGGGUAAAACGUACCAGGCCUUACAAAAUGAUAACACAGCCGGUUUGGUAGCAAUGGAAGAGGUGAAGAAGGAGAAAGCGGAACUGACUCUAAAAGUGCAGGAGUUGGAUGCCACCAUUUUGGACUUGAUUGCCAAAUGUCAGGCCCUUGACGCUGAGAACGAUAACCAGAGCAAGUCUCACACCGCCACUUUGGAGUUGCUGAAGACGCAGAUCUCUGAACAAGAGACUCAGCUGAGAAUGUACGAGGAGAGCGUGUCUGGGAUGGAGCUGAUCAGUGAAGAAAAUGCAAAAAUUAAAGAACAGCUGUUGUCCCUGGAGCAGACUGUGGAAAACCUGAAGGAACUAUUGGAAAAUGAGAAGAAAACCUCUGCUAUACUCCAGAGUGAGCGGCAGAAAAGUUCUGAGCUGGAAGGAGACGUGAAGAUCUUACAGGAAAGCAGAGACCAGGCCGUCAAUGAACUCUGCAAAGAGAAGUCUGCAGUUAAGACGCUUGAGUCUAAGGUCGCACAAUUAGAAGAAGAACUCGGAGCAAAAACUGAGAACCUGCAGCAGAAGCUGCAUGAAUCCUCCUCUGCGGUGCGGCAACGAGAGGAGGAAAUCGAUAAACUCCAGAAGGAAAUGUGCACCUGGAAAGAGCGAGCCGAAACCUCCAGUCAGGUGGAAGCGGACAUCGAAAGGUUAAAGAAGGAUCACGAUGAGGUCUGCAAGCAGCUGACUAACGAGCGGUUAAAAGUGUCUGAAAUGGAAGCCGAGGCCAAAGCCGCCAUGUCCGCGCAACUUGAUCAGGUACGCCACCUGGAGUCCGAACUCUCCUCAGCCAAGGCUCAGCUCAAAGAGAGGGAAGUGCAAGAGCAGAAGAUGCUUCAUACCAUCCAGUCUACUGAAGAGAAGCUCCACUCGGCGCAGCGGGAGGAAGCCGAACACGUGUCUCAGCUAGAAAGGACGUGCAGCAAUAAAGUGCGGGAGCUUGAAGUCCUGUCCAAAGAGCUUUCUGAUGAGAAACACAAAACAGUCAAUUUAGAAGCCGCCUUAAAAUGUCUGGAAGAACAGAAAUCUGAGAAGAUCUUGACUUUGGAGUCAAAAAUAAAUUCAAUGCACGGAACUGUCAAAGAAGGCGAACACGCUGUCCAGAAGCUUUCUGAAGAGUUGGAGCAGAUGAGCAAACAGCUUAAAGAGUCUCAGGUAAAGCAUCAGCAGGAGCUCGCCGAGAAAGAAGAGGUGGGUCGUUGUCUGGCAAGGGAGAAGGAAAAAGUCCUCGGGGACCUGAAGAUCGAGCGAGAAGCUAAACUGGAAGCGGAGGCUCAGCUGCAGAAAUAUAUGGACGUCCACAAAAACGAGUUUUCGGCUCUGCAGAACGAACUGUCGCGCUCUCUUGAUCUCAUUACGAUGAAGGAGAGCGAGCUUGACAGACUUACCAAAGAAAUCGCUUCUAAGGAGGAAAAGAUCCGGAAGGAAAAAGACAAUGCAGCCAGUCUCGUGAAAGAAGUGGAGGCACUGAAAGCCUUAAAAGAGCAUAGCACCUCACAAGAGGAACAGAUCAAACACCAUAUCCAAACCAUCAAAGCCACAGACUCUGAGAUGAGUGCCCUGAAAGCCACGCUCUCUGAAAGAGACCGACAGGUGGAACGAUUGGAGCAAGACCUUGAAAGCAAGAUACGCGAAGGGGCUUCUGUCCAGCAGCAGUACCAAGAUACAUUAGGGGAAGUGCAAGCUCUUCAGUCCAGGACUGCUGAACUAGAGAGUAGAUGCAGUGGACUAGAAGAUGCUGUCAGCGUCGCUCGUAAGGAGGCCUCUGACGCUAAAACUGCAGCCUCCGAAAAGGCUUCGGCAUCUGAGCAGCAUCAAAAGGGAAUGCAAACCUUAGCAGCUGAGGUCCAGCAGGAACGACACAAGAUGUCCGAGCUCGUGAAGCAGUUGGAAGAGUCUCAAGCUUUGCAAUCUGAGACAGACGCUUCCUUAGAAGCUUUGAAAAAAGAGCUGUACCACAAGGUUCAGGAACUGGAGCAAAGCCAAAAGUCAUUGAGUGAAUCAAGCCGGGAGCUGACUUGUGUCAAGUCCACCUCUCAGGAAUAUGAAAAGGAGUUAUCUGGAACCAAGGAGCAAGUAGCCCAACAUCAGAAGGAAAUUGAGAAGAAGGCAGAAGAGAUACAAAGCCUACAGAAGGAGGUGAAUAAUCUGGCCACCAAGCUGGCCAGCAAUGAGAGCAGCUGUGUCGAGGCCAAAGAGCUUUUAGCAAAAGAAGCUGGUAAAAGCCAUGGGCUAGAGAAGCAGCUGAGAACAGUCCAGGAAAAGUUUGAAACAUCUACCAAGGAACUUUUGGAGAAACAAGGUAUCAUCCAAAACCUAACAGCCGAGGCUGCGUCCUACAAGGAGGCAGCUGAAAAGCAAAGGAUGACUGUAGAAGAGCUUCAAAAAACCCUAUCGUCUUACCAGGUAACUACAGAAAAACUAGAGAAGGAUGUAAAGGUCUGGCAGGAGAAGUGCAGCCAGAAGGAGGAUGGGAUGUCCACCAUCCAGCGGCAGCUCGAGGAACUGUCAUCUGUUCGAAACCUCUACCAAGAAAUAAAGGCCGAGCAGACUCUAAGGGAAAGCCAACACAAGGAGGAACUUCUUCAAAACCAGAAGACCGCUGAGAGUCUACAGGUCGAACUGGAAAAAAUCAAAGCAGAGGCAGCGUCUGUGGCCUCCCUGAGAGGAACCUUGGUUCAGAAGGAGAAGAUGUUGGAGACUCUGCAAAAGGAGAUGAAGGAUCAUCUUAACCAAAUGGCAUCCCUUCAGGAAGAGAAGAAGCACUUGGCCGGAGAGAAUAAGACUCUGUCCCAAUCAUACGAGCAGGAGCUGAAGAAAAUGCAGGCUGAAUUGGCCACGAUGUCGGAGAAGCACACGCAGGAACUUGAGUCUCUCCGCCUGCAGUGCGAGAAGAAGGUCUCUGAGGGCAAGGAGCAAAUGCAAGACCUCACCAGCAAAUACGAGCACGCCAAGACUAAGAUCCUGGACGAGAGGCAGAAGUUCCAAGAGGAGAAGCAGAAAUUGCUGACUCAGGUGGAUCAGUUGGAGGCAGCAAAGAAAGAGCAGUCUGACCAGGUGCGUGAGCUGAACAAGCAGAUCAACCAGCAGGAGAAGACAAUCCGGAGCCAACAGCAGAAGCUGAAGCAAGAUGGCGAAACCCACGAUGAGGUGGAGAAAACCCGGAAGAAGGUCUCUGAGCUGGAGGAGCAGCUUGAGAAGCAGGUUCAGGCGGUGGAGCACUACAAGACCCAGAUGGAUAAAGCAAAAGUUCACUACGAUGCAAAGAAGCAGCAGAACCAGCAAUUGAGCGACGAGCUGGCGAGCAUCACCAGGGAGCAGGACAAGCUGCGCAAGGAGAGCAGUGAUCUGAAGGUGCAGUCUGAGCGGCUGCACAAGGAGCUGCAGCUGUCACUGCUCCAAACCAAGGAGGCUGAGGAGAACUGCAAGACCCUGAGCGGACAAGUACGGAGCCUGCAGGCGCAGGUGGAGUACGCAGAUCGACAGCUGCGUGAGCUGGGGAAGUUCCAAGUUUCCACGGAUGCCAUGAAGAGCAGGGAAACCCUACGCCUGCCACGAGUCACCCGGAGCCGCGCAGACGUCAGUAUCGACAGUCUGGACAUGAGCGACGAGGAGGAGCACCCCAUGAACUCCACCAGAAAGAAUGGACGCUCCCAUCAAGGAGCCUCAACCUCCACCGCCAAGUCCGUCAGCCCAGAGCCCCAGUCCUCCAACCGCCUUCCCAGGAAGGUGGAGUCCCUGGAAAGCCUCUACUUCACCCCCAUCCCCAACCGUGCACAAUCCAAGCUGGACAGCAGCAUCGGCUCCAUCGGGGACCUGUCUCUGGACUCCACCAAGAAAACACGUUCAGCUCGUAGAAGAACCACCCAGGUCAUCAAUAUUACUAUGACUAAGAGAACCCAGGAGGAAGUGGAGCCAGAGCCGGAAAGCGCCAACACCUCCUUCUACAGUCUGCGCUCAGCGCCCUCGCAGCAGAAUCUACAGCAGCCAAAUAAAACCAGACGUGGAGGAAAACCCCAGCCGGCCUUCUCCGCUCCAGCCCUCACCAGCCUCCCCUCUCUGGAGUCACUGGUGAAAACCGAGCACACGUCGUCCGAUGACAGCCUGAACAACUCUGUCCUGAUGAGUCUGCCCGGCUAUCGGCCCACCACCCGCAGCUCUGCCCGCCUCUCCCAGACAGGAGGUCGGAACAGCUUCUAUCUGAGCACGUGCCAGGAUGAGCCCGACCCACAGGAAGACUGGACCAGGAUCGCAGAAAUGCAGCAGCGCAAUCGGGCCUGUCCCCCCCACCUCAAGACCUGCUACCCCGUGGAGUCUAGGCCAUCUGUCCUGGCCUCGACCAUAACUGAUGAAGAGGUGAAGACCGGAGACCCCAAGGAGACAAUGCGACGAGCCACACUGCUGCCCUCACAGAUCCAGGAGUCCAUGGGCAGCACACGGAGGAUGACCCUGGGAUCCAGUGGAGGGGAGCACUCGUGGGGAGGAAGCGGGAUCACUACGAGGCAGCAGAUGAAGCGGGUGUCCGAGGAAACUCACUAUGGACCCGACACCCCAGAGUCGAAGAAAUCAGCAAGCUGCUUUCCACGACCAAACACCCCAAAAGACAAGCCGGAGUCCCGGCGACUGUCUGUUGCAGACCGUAAACCCAAUAUCAGCCAGCAAUCAAGUACCAGCCGUCGGCAGUCCAUGGCCUUCAGCAUUCUCAAUACCCCCAAGAAGCUGGGGAGCAGUUUGCUUAAAAGAGGUCUAAAUAAAAAGUCCACCCCAAAGUCUACCCCCCAGGGACGUGGAAGCACCAGCAAAUCCCCCAACCUCGGCAUCCGCAAGUCCCCCAGCAGGAAGUCCCCACGGGCCGCAGCAAAGUCUCCAAAGACUAACAAGUUUUUUGAGAGGAGCCAGAAAAGGAAUAAGUAAGGCCGAUGCCUGGAAGGAGCAGCUUUAAAUUUCUACGGACUUGCAGGUGACGGACAGUGAGUCUACCACGACCGCGCUCUCUCUCUUCUUAGAGGGUCAGGCUAUAUCUGGGGCGGCCGGCCUCGCUCACUGGAUCCGGUGAUUGUGCGGGGGAGGGGGGAUGAUCUGUAUCAGUGCUUGCAUUUCACGCUCGCGCCUCGUAUGUACAGCAGGCGGUUUUAUUUUACAGAACUCUUUUAGUGCCUUAUUGCUGUGGCUCUGUAAUUUUGCAAAUUUUUUUUAUUUAUUAAAAAUGUUUCUGCCUAUGGUGUUCCUCUCGCCGUCUCCUGCACAUCGAUCCCAUGACGAGAGUAAUAACCAGCGGUGGGGCCCUCCCUGAUCAAUUACCCCUCUUUGCAUUAACCCUUUGCCCUAUCUAGGCCCCCACCGUGGGCGUCACUCCUCAUCAUGUCCCCCAGGUAUACUGAACAUUACAUGCCUGCGCCCGGUACUGCAGGAACGCGGCCCGCUGCGCCGAUUUAUUUUGAGACAUGGAUUCGUAGAUCUCUACACAGAGGGCGUUAUAUCCAUAGACAUGGCGCGACUGAAGAGAGGCUGGACGUACGGCAGGUCUCUCACAUCCGCCAUGAUGGCUCCUUAUCAUCCGUCCUCAUCAGGUUCAAGUUAUCGUAUCUUGUAUUCAUCUCCAGUUGUGUUCUACUCCAUUCACCUCCAGAGCUGCAUUUAGCUACACCUCCUCUAUCCCAGUCCCCUGCUGGUUCCGUUUCUGUGCAGUGUGUUGCCUCUGUUAGGGGCGCGUCUGUCGACGCAGCGUUGACAGAUUUCAGGCAUCAGAUUAUAUUGUCUGAGUCGAGGGGAGCAAAACGUCCCAGCAAUUCGCCCCUUGAUCAUCUCCUUUCCUCUACGGUUGCCCCGUCCCCUUUUCUACUCCCACCAAUUCCGGGGUCUCGCCCUGUAGGGUUGGGACCUGGCAUCCCCCCAGUUUUUGUGACGAGUGGAGUCUAUUGUCCAGUCCAGUCUAUAGUGAGAAUACACCAUCAAUGCUCAUAGUAAUGACCCCCUUUAAUGGCGCCGCAGCGCGUGGCUUUGCAGGGUGGAGUCCUGCUCUCGUGAUCGUCUGAUUUUGUAGAUUUAGGAUUUUUUUUGUGUUCUAUAUUUUUAUAAUUAUUCCAUGUGAUCACUUUCUCCCACUCAGUACAAAUGGGAUGUAAGCGACCUGGAUGAUGGGGGUCAUUGUCCAUAUUGGUGUAAUCGUUGAGAUUUGCACUGUUAUCAUUUUUAUUUUUGUAAAUAAAGUUACCCGCUCGUGA